UGUUUAGAUCCUCUAGAUUUUAUUUUCGUUCGCUCCGGCCUCCGGCAGAGUGUGGCUAGUGUAUCUUUGAUGACCGUUUUUAGUAUGUAAUGUGUAGUUUAUUUGUUUCAAAUUGCAUGAAAUUGUUAAUCCAACUAGAACGCAAAGGUGAUUCUACAAGGUGGCAAUAAACGACAUCGUGAUACGAACCAACGGCCGCAAACAAAGGUCCCCAUGCAGACCCAACGAAAUCGACCCGCCUCGGAAGAUGGUUCAUUCAAUUCGGAAUUCUACGACAUAUCCGACGACGAUCUGGACAGCACUUCGUACGACUCGGAUUUGGAAGGUUUGGAUGAGGAAGAGGAAAACGAACUGUACGAUUCGAUGGAAGAACAUUCAGGUGAAUCUUCAGGUUUGAUGGACUACACCCACUCGACGGAUCCGAUGGACAUAACGGAUUUAGAUAAGGAAUCAAUCGGUGCAGUGACCGAGAAGAAAACGACCAAAGCAACGAAGGAGAUUGAUUUCAGCCAGUCCAUGGACACUAUUAGCUGUGGGGACACAGUUUCAUCGGACAUGAGUAUCGAUCCGGACUGGAUUUCUACGGAUGAUGAAGAAGCGAUUGAAGAGUACCUGGUGUACAGGGAAGCGCGUCGACAACAGAGUAAUGAACAAUGCACCGUUCAACGAGAGCUGGAAGACUACGAAGAUAUCGAUGCUAUCAACAUUCGUUAUUGGAUCCAGGGCAGUGUUGCAACGAACGGAAAGCCCAACACGAUGACCAGUUCUGCCGGUCCGGCAGCUCUAAUCGACAUGAGGCGUGUCGUACUGCCGGCGCAUGAAAUGUUGAGAAAUUAUUUCCGCAGCACAGAGCCAAGUCGGGUGGUCGGGAAGAGCAAGGAGAAUGUCUACGUAGGUAAGAAUAUGGUGGCCAAUAGGGUUAAGGGAAAAUCGAAUCGGAUGGCACUGUCCGAGAAAAAUUGACAUUUUUGACACACGGACGAAUACCUCUAAGUGGUAUAAGUUUUAUGCUUGUUAUUCAUAGUUUUAAGAUGAUAAUAGAAGACAUUUUAA